AUGCGCUUCGGCAAGACUUUGCGUACCUCCACGUAUCAGCCGUGGAAGGACAAGUAUAUUGACUACGCCAAGCUCAAGCAGCUGCUUCGUGACGACAAGGCCGAUGAAGAUGACUCGGACUGGACCGAGGAGGACGAGAACCGCUUCUGUGAUGAGCUGUUCAACGCCCAGCUCGAAAAGGUCGCCAUGUUCCAGGAGGACACCGUCCGCAGCCUCCGAGAACGGGUCGAUACCAACUUUGAGCGCCUGCGCGAGCUGACCCCAUCCCCCGAUGAGGGCGCGCAGCCCGACCAGGCCGCCGCCAGUAGCAGCACCGCCGCAGGCAAGGGCAAGGAGAAGAGCGAGAUCACCGUCCAGCGCCUCAAGGAUAUCGAGAAGGAGCUCGACCAGAUCGUGGACGAGGUUCGCGAGCUGAAGAAGUACAGCAACCUCAACUACACCGGCUUCCUCAAGAUUGCUAAGAAGCACGACCGGAAGCGCGGCAGCCACUACCGGAUCCGCCCCAUGAUGCAGGUGAGCCUGGCCAGGCGGCCCUUCAACUCGGAGAAGGGCUACGCCCCGCUCCUGAGCAAGCUGUCGGUCAUGUACGAGGCUAUCCACCAGUACCUCGACGACGAGGAGACACUCCCCGUCGACCUCGGCAGCCAGCCCGAAACCCACAACGGCGAGAGGUAUACUGCCUACAAAUUCUGGAUCCAUCCCGAUAACUUGCUAGAGGUCAAGACCAUGAUUCUUAGACAUCUACCUGCCCUCGUCUACAGCGACUCGUCAGCCAAGGAGCCCGAUGCUAGCACGGACCCUACCCUGACCUCGUUGUAUUUUGAUAACUCCAACUUCGAGUUGUACACCAAUAAGGUGGAACGUACCGGAAUAAGGUCAUCUGUCCGCCUCCGAUGGUACGGGCAGCUCUCUAACAAGCCCGACAUCCACAUCGAGCGAAAGAUCGUCCAGGAUAAUGGCGUGAGCGAGGAGCUCAAGUUUGACAUCAAGGAGAAAUACGUCAAGCAAUUCCUGGAUGGCGAAUACAGGAUGGAGAAGACCGUCUCCAAGAUGGAGAGGCAGGGCGAGACGACCAAGGAAGUUGACGAAUUUAAGACUACGGUGGACGCCAUCCAGAGCUUCGUCCAGGACAAGAAACUCGACCCCGUUCUUCGCGCCAACUACGUUCGGAGCGCGUUCCAGAAGCCCAAUGACGACCGAGUUCGCAUCUCCAUUGACACUGACUUGGCCUUCAUCCGCGAGGACACCCUGGACGAGCGACGUCCCUGCCGUGAACCGUCCGAGUGGCACCGCAGGGAUAUUGAUAAUAGGAACCUGACCUAUCCCUUCAAGGACCUCGCGUCCGGCGACAUCUCGAGGUUCCCCUUCGCCGUCUUGGAGAUCAAGCUGAAGGACGGCAGCAACAAGAGGCGAGCGGCCUGGAUCGAGGACCUCAUGGCAUCUCAUCUUCUGCACCCGAGCCCUCUCUUCUCCAAAUUUGUGCACGGCGUUGCCGUGCUCUUCGAUGACUAUGUCAACCGGCUGCCUUUCUGGCUCAGCGACCUGGAAACGGAUAUCCGUAAAGACCCUCAGGUUGCCUUUGAAGAGGAAGAGAAGAGGAGAUCCCAGAGGGCUACUGAUGAAUUGGCUGUGGGUGUGAGUAGCUUGUUGGCCAAGGCCGGGUCAUUCAAACCGUCCAAGAGCUCGCCCAUCGCCAAGUCGUACCUCGCAGAGCGCGCCGCCGAAGACGCCGCCAAGCCUACACCGGAAAGCGUGAGGAGGUAUUCCCAGGCCGUCGACGACGAGACGACGGUGGCAGAAGAGUCUUCCCAGAACUACGGCGCAACCUCGUCAGUGUUGCCCUCCUUCUCUCUCACGAGGUACUCCAAGUGGAAGCGCGCCCAGAGCCAGCCGCUGCCGGAGGGCGUCGAAGAGCCGACGGAAUGGAUCAAGAACACUGGCCCGCUGCAGAUCGAGCCCAAGGUGUGGCUGGCGAACGAGCGCACGUUCCUCAAGUGGCAGCACAUCUGCAUCCUGCUGGGCGGCCUGGCCGUCGCGCUCUACACGGCGGCGGGCGAGAACUUCCUGGCCGAGAUGAUGGGCAUCGCCUACAUUGUGAUUGCCGUCUUUGCCGGUCUCUGGGGCUACUACAUGAUGCAGACUAGGAGGCAGAUGAUCGUCGGCCGCAGCGGCAAGGACUUUGACAACAUGUUUGGCCCGCUGGUGAUCAGCGUGGCGUUGAUGGUGGCCCUGAUUCUGAACUUUGUCUUUGCUUACAAAUCGGCGUUUGAGAAGUGGGACGAGGCCAACAAGGGAGCUGGGUUCAACGAGACCUCGGCACUGCCUUUUGUCGACGAACUGUAA